AUGGUGAUGGAAAUACCGACGGUCACUUUGGUAGCUGUGUUCCUUGUUGUAAUCCUGUUUGUGGUGCUGAUUUGGACUUCUGGUCAGAGAGACUCAUAUGUACAGGGAAAUGACAAGGGAAGUACUUCUGCAGGAGCAGAGUCUAGACUUCUGCAGUAUUUCUAUCAGUUUCUUCCUCGCUCCUCACCUCCCUCCCUCCCAGGCCCGACUAGCCUCUUCCUCGUAGGCAAUAUGAUGGAGCUGACACACGAUCAUCUGCCGAUUCACCUGACCAAUCUGGCACAACGCUAUGGAAGCAUUUAUCGCCUUAAGUGCGGAAACACAACCAUGGUGGUGCUAAACAGUAGUGAAGUCAUAAGAGAAGCACUGGUGAAGAAAUGGUCUGACUUUGCUGGGAGACCAAUUUCAUACACAGGUAACAUUGUGUCCGGGGGAGGUCACACCAUCUCUCUGGGGGACUACAAUGAAGAGUGGAGGGCCCAUCGUCGCCUCGUCCACAGCGCGCUACAGCGUUGCUGCCAAAAAUCUUUGCACAGUGUGAUCGAGAGACAGGCACUCAAGCUGCGAAAGGUUUUGAUGGACUAUCGAGGCAGCGCUGUGGAUCUCUCUGAGGAUUUCACAGUGGCAGCCAGUAACGUCAUCACCACUCUGGCUUUUGGAGAAGAAUAUGAUAAGAGUUCUUCAGAGCUGCAGCAGCUGCACAGCUGUCUGAAUGAGAUUGUUGCUCUGUGGGGCUCCUCUUGGAUUUCUGCUCUGGAUUCCUUCCCACUGCUCAGAAAAUUACCCAAUCCUGUGUUUGACCGCCUCCUGAAAGAGGUGGCCAGGAGAGAUGAAAUUAUAAGAAGACACCUUAACGAUUACAAGCAGUCACAAGAGCAAAGAAACGAGGACGCCAUCACAGAAUCCCUCCUCCAGGGCAUCGAGAAGCAAGACAACACAGAACAUGGAGCGCUCCUCACAGAUGUUCACGUUCACAUGGCGACUGUGGACCUCCUCAUCGGGGGAACAGAGACGGCUGCAGCCUGGCUGAACUGGACUGUGGCCUUCCUCUUGCACAGACCAGAGGUGCAGACCAGAGUGUAUGAGGAGCUGUGCACGGUACUAGAAGGACGAUAUCCCAAAUACAGUGACAGACACAGACUUCCAGUCCUGUGCUCUCUGAUCAAUGAGGUGCUCAGACUCAGACCAGUCGCUCCGUUGGCGGUGCCUCACAGAGCCAUCAGAGACAGCAGUAUCGCAGGUUACUUCAUCCCUAAGAACACGGUCAUCAUUCCGAACCUUUUCGGAGCUCACCACGAUCCUGCAGUUUAUCCUGACCCAUACAGCUUCAAACCAGAGCGUUUCCUGAAAGGAGGAGGAGGCUCCACCCGGGCUCUGAUCCCUUUCGGAGGUGGGGCUCGGCUCUGCCUGGGAGAAUCUGUCGCCAAGAUGGAGCUCUUUCUGUUCACCGCUUACUUGCUGAGAGAUUUCCAGUUCGUCCCUGCUGAGAGCAAAGCCUCCCUGCCUGACCUGAGAGGAGUCGCCAGCGUUGUGCUCAAGGUCAAGUCCUACGAAGUUGUGGCACGUCCGAGGCCUGUGACUAAUCCCUGAGAUGCAGCGGCUUGAUUACAUGUUGUGUAUCAGUUAGUAUGACAGAACUUUGCAUGUACAUUUAGCUUCGUUAUCUUUCUCUUUGAUGCAUCCUGAUUAAACGUUGGUUUGCUUGCUCAUUGUCUAAAAUCAA